AUGCCAAUCGGACCCUCGUUACCGCCACACACCACGAAGCGCGCUCGCGAAGAUGACGAAAACCACCGGUCUGCGAGCCCAGAGUCUGGCGAAAAGCGCCGCAGAGUGCUAGGUCCAGCUCCUCCACCAGCCCGGUCGCGAUCCGAUAGCGAAGAUAGCGAUAUAGGUCCUACACCUCCGCCUGCUUCGAAGCCAGCACGUGUGCUAGGACCAGCGCCUCCACCAGCUCCUCUCGAUGAGCGUCCGCCAAAUCCGCCAUCAGACGACUCGGACAGCAGCGACGACGACUUUGGCCCUGCCCCGCCUCCGGCUGGCGCCUCUUCAGCCUCGUACAACGACCAGCAAAAAACGCGUUCUACUAAAUCGGCUUUCGAUACCGACCCGCAGUACAGCGAGGAGAACAAGAAGGUGCAGCGCGAUUCGUGGAUGACGAUGCCACCCACCCAGGACGAUCUAUCUCGCAUGGAUCCAACAAAGAUGCGAGCCCGCAAAUUCAAUACAGGCAAGAGUGCGGGCGGCGGCGGUGGAGGCAGCAUGGAUGUAUGGACCGAGACGCCAGAGCAGAAGUUGAAGCGGUUGCAGGACGAGGCCAUGGGUAUAUCGGCUCACUCGAAUUCUUCGACAUCCAAGAAAGAGUUGCGUCGAAAUCGGGAAGAGGAAGAAAAGGCACAGAAGUUGAGAGAGAAGAUUGAUGGCUCGCGCGGGAAAAGUCUGGUUGAGCAGCACCAGGCGAAGGGCGGCAAAGAAAAGGAAGACGACCCCAGCAAGCGCGUCUUCGACUACGGAAAGGACAUGUCUUUGGGCACAAAGGUGUCGCACAAACAGAAGCGGGAAAUGCUCAAUAAGGCGAAGGGCUUCAGUGACAGAUUUUCGAGCGGUAGCUAUCUCUGA